CCGCUGGCCGGCCGCCGCGCCCCGACACCCAUGGGCGCGCGGGCCUCUGGGCCGCGAAGUCGCAGCGCCAGACGCCGGGCCCCCGAGUGAGCGUGGGCUCCGAGGAUCUCAUCUGGCCGCCGGGUUCAGGAAGAGGCGAGGGGGAAAGCGCAGAGAGACGGCGGGAGAGAAGGAGACGGCGAGACGCGCAGCGCCGGCGCCCCGAGACCCAAGAGGAGCCCGCAGAUAACCAGCCAAGUCAUGCAGUCUUUUCGAGAAAGGUGUGGUUUCCAUGGCAAACAGCAAAACUACCCACAGACCUCACAGGAGACAUCACGCCUGGAGAACUACAGGCAGCCGGGUCAGACUGGGCUGAGCUGUGACCGGCAGCGGCUGCUGGCCAAGGACUAUUAUAACCCGCAGCCCUAUGCAGGGUAUGAGGGUAGUACUGGCACACCCUCCAGCACAGUAGCCACAGCUGCUGCGGACAAGUACCAUCGAGGCAGCAAGGCCCUGCAGGGGAGACCAGCUUUCCCUGGCUAUGUCCAGGACAGCAGCCCCUACCCGGGGCGCUACUCUGGCGAGGAGGGUCUUCAAACAUGGGGGACCCCACAGCCACCACCUCCCCAGUCACAGCCCCUGCCAGGAGCAGUAGGCAAGUAUGAGGAGAACUUGAUGAAGAAGACAGUGGUGCCCCCAAGCAGGCAGUACCCUGAGCAGGGGCCUCAACUUCCCUUCCGGACUCACAGUCUGCAUGUCCCACCACCACAGCCUCAGCAACCCCUGGCCUACCCCAAACUCCAAAGGCAGAAACCACAGAAUGACCUCACCUCCCCUCUGCCCUUCCCCCAGAGUAGCCACUUUCCCCAGCAUUCCCAGUCCUUCCCCACCUCUUCUACCUAUUCUGCAGUGCAGGGUGGAGGACAGGGGGCUCACUCAUAUAAGAGUUGCACAGCACCAUCUGUCCCGCCUCAUGACAGGCCGUUGACUGCCAAUGCCAGCCUGGCCCCAGGGCAGCGGGUCCAGAAUCUUCACGCUUACCAGUCAGGCCGCCUUGGCUAUGAGCAGCAGCAGCAGCAGCAGCAGCAGCAGCAGCAGCAACAGCAGCAGCAAGCUCUUCAGGGCCGGCACCAUGCCCAGGAAAGCCUCCAUUAUCAGAACCUUGCCAAGUACCAACACUAUGGGCAGCAAGGCCAGGGCUACUGCCCAUCAGACACAGCUGUCAGGACUCCAGAGCAGUACUACCAGACCUUCAGCCCUAGCUCCAGCCACUCCCCUGCUCGCUCAGUGGGUCGCUCGCCUUCCUACAGCUCCACUCCGUCACCAUUGAUGCCCAAUCUGGAGAACUUCCCCUAUAACCAGCAGCCUCUCAGCACUGGGGCAUUCCCCACAGGCAUCACUGACCACAGUCACUUCAUGCCCCUGCUCAACCCAUCCCCAACAGACGCCGCCAGUUCUGUGGACCCCCAGGCCAGCAACUGUAAGUCCCUUCAGAAGGAGAAGCUCCCUGACAACUUGCUGUCUGACCUCAGCCUACAGAGCCUCACAGCACUCACUUCACAGGUGGAGAAUAUCUCCAACACUGUGCAGCAACUCUUGCUGUCCAAAGCUGCCAUGCCGCAGAAGAAAGGGGUCAAGAGCCUUGUGUCUAGAACCCCAGAGCAGCACAAGAGCCAGCACUGUAGCCCCGAGGGCAGUGGCUACUCAGCAGAGCCAGCAGGUACACCACUGUCUGAGCCGCCAAGCAGCACACCGCAAUCCACUCAUGCUGAGCCACAAGAGGCCGACUACCUGAGUGGCUCCGAAGACCCACUAGAGCGUAGCUUUCUCUACUGCAGCCAGGCCCGUGGCAGCCCUGCCAGGGUCAAUAGCAACUCCAAGGCUAAGCCUGAGUCUGUGUCUACGUGUUCUGUGACCUCACCUGACGACAUGUCCACCAAGUCUGAUGAUUCCUUCCAGAGCCUGCACAGCACUCUGCCACUGGACAGCUUCUCCAAAUUUGUGGCAGGCGAGCGGGACUGCCCGAGGCUCCUGCUCAGUGCCCUGGCACAGGAAGAUCUGGCCUCUGAGAUCCUGGGGCUGCAGGAAGCCAUUGUUGAGAAGGCUGACAAGGCCUGGGCUGAGGCUCCUGACCUGCCCAAGGACAAUGGCAAGCCACCCUUCUCACUGGAGAAUCACAGCGCCUGCCUGGACACCAUGGCCAAGAGUUCUUGGCCACGGCCAGUGGAGUCAGAAGCCCUGCCUGAGUCCUUGCAGCUGAACAAGGGUGGCAGUGCCAAGGACUUCAGCCCAGGGCUGUUUGAAGACUCUUCCAUGGCCUUUGCCACCCCUGACCCCAAGAAGACAACCAGUCCCCUGUCCUUUGGCACCAAGCCUACGCUUGGGGCUGCCGCUCCAGACCCUACCACUGUAGCAUUUGACUGCUUCCCAGACACAACCACGGCCAGCUCAGUAGACAGUGCCAACCCGUUUGCCUGGCCAGAGGAGAACCUGGGGGAUGCUUGUCCCCGUUGGACUCUCCACCCUGGCGAACUCACCAAGGGCUUGGAGCAGAGUGGGAAAGUCUCAGAUGGUAUGAGCAAAGCAGACACCCAUGAGGCCUCAGCCUGUCUGGGCUUCCAGGAGGAGCAUCCCACUGGGAAGCCAGCAGUUGUGCUGUCUGGGGACUUCAAGCAGGAGGAAGCAGAUGGGGUGAAGGAGGAGAUAGGUGGGCUGCUGCAGUGCCCUGAGGUGGGCAAGGCCGACCGGUGGCUGGAGGACAGCCGACAUUGCUGUUCCACCACUGACUUUGGGGACCUGCCACUGUUGCCACCUCCUGGCAGGAAGGAGGACCUGGAGGCCGAGGAGGAGUACUCUUCCCUAUGUGAGCUGCUGGGCAGCCCUGAGCAGAGGCCUGGCCUACAGGACCCACUGUCACCCAAGGCCCCACUCAUCUGUACCAAGGAGGAGGCGGAGGAGGUGCUGGACACCAAAGCUGGCUGGGGCUCUCCAUGCCACCUUGCUGGGGAGCCUGCCAUCCUGCUGGGCCCCUCUGUCGGGGCGGAGUCAAAGGUCCAGAGCUGGUUUGAGUCUUCCCUGUCCCACAUGAAGCAAGGAGAAGAUGGGCCUGAGGGGGAGAGGGCUCCAGGUGGUUCUACCACUUCAGAAGCCUCCUUGACACAGAAACCUAACAAGCCUGCUGUGCCCGAGGUCCCCAUUGCUAAGAAAGAGCCUGUGCCACGGGGCAAAAGUUUGAGGAGCCGGCGGGUACACCGGGGGCUGCCUGAAGCUGAAGAAUCUCCCUGCAGGGUGCCAGCGCUGCCCAAAGACCUCUUGCUUCCAGAAUCCUGCGUGGGACCCCCACAAGGACAGGCAGAAGGGGCUGGAGCCCCAGGCCGGGGGCCCUCAGAAGGGCUCCCCAGAAUGUGUACCCGCUCUCUAACAGCUAUGAGUGAGCCCCGAACUCCUGGACCUCCAGGCCUGACCACCACCCCCGCACCUCCUGACAAACUGGGGGGCAAACAGCGAGCCGCCUUCAAGUCUGGCAAGCGGGUAGGGAAACCAUCUCCCAAGGCUGCAUCCAGCCCCAGUAACCCUGCCGCCCUGCCUGUUGCCUCAGACAGCAGCCCCAUGGGCUCCAAGACCAAGGAGCCAGAUUCUCCCAGCAUGCCUGGCAAGGACCAACGUUCCAUGGUACUCCGUUCUCGCACCAAACCCCAGCAGGUCUUCCACGCCAAGCGGCGGCGGCCCUCAGAGAGCCGGCUCCCAGACUGCCGUACCACCAAGAAGCUCUCUGCCAACAACCACUUGCCUGCUACAUUCAAGGUCUCCAGUGGUCCCCAGAAGGAAGGCCGAGUGAGCCAGCGGGUCAGAGUCCCCAAGCCUGGUGCAGGGACUAAGCUUUCAGAUCGACCUCUCCACACACUAAAACGGAAGUCAUCCUUCAUGACUCCUGUUCCCACCAAGAAGCGGAGCCUAGUCCUUCGUAGCAACAAUGGCGGCAGCAGUGGGGUCGAUGGGAGGGAGGAAAGGGCUGAGGUCUCCCCUGGUCUCUUAAGGAGGAUGACUUCACCCCAGAGGGUCAGGCCCAGGGGCAGUGGGGAACCCCCACCACCCCCACCCCUGGAGCCAUCAGCUGCAGGCCUGGAGUUGGCUACACCAGCUUCCCUACCCAGUGCUGUGAGAACAAAGGUGUUGCCACCCCGCAAGGGCCGCGGCCUCAAGCUGGAGGCCAUAGUGCAGAAGAUCACCUCACCUGGGCUCAAAAAGCUUGCAUGCAGAGUGCCAGGGGCCCCUCCUGGGACACCCCGGAGCCCAACUCUGCCUGAGAAACGUGCAGGGGGCAGUCCACCUGGGGCUGAAGAGGGCCUGGGAAGCCUAGGCCCUGGACAAAUGCUACCAGCAGCUUCAGGAGUCGAUCUGUUGUGUAGAAACCCAGCCAACAGGUCCUUAAAAGGCAAACUUGUGAACAAUAAGAAACUGUCCUCCACUGCUGACUGUCUCAAAGCUGAGGCCUUCUUGUCUCCAGAUGCCCUGCCACCCCCAGGGACUAUCCCAGCACCGAAGAAAAGGAGCCGGAAAGGCAGGGCUGGGGUCUUGGGACUCUGCAAAGGCCCAUUGGAGAAGCGGCCCUGUCAUGGCCAAACUCUGAUCCUUGCUCCCCGAGAUAGGGCCAGCAGCACUCAGGGUGGAGGUGAGGACAGCCCCAGUGGAGGAGGCAAGAAGCCAAAGACAGAAGAGCUGGGACUGGCCUCCCAGCCUCCCGAUGGCCGGCCCUGCCAGCCCCAGACAAGGGCCCAGAAGCAGCCUGGCCAUGCCAACUAUAGCAGCUAUUCAAAGCGGAAGCGCCUCAGCCGGGGACGGGCUAAGACCACACACACCUCACCUUGUAAGGGGCGUGCUACGCGGCGACGGCAGCAGCAGGUGCUGCCUCUGGAUCCUGCAGAACCUGAAAUCCGCCUCAAAUACAUUUCCUCUUCCAAGAGGCUGAGGGCAGACAGCCGGACCCCAGCCUUCUCGCCCUUUGUGCGGGUGGAGAAGCGAGAUGCAUUCACCACCAUAUGUACUGUUGUCAACGCCCCAGGGGAUGAACCCAAGCCUCACUGGAAGCCUGCCCCCUCUGCUGCUUCCUCCUCCUCUGCCUCUUCGUCCUCCUCUUCCUUAGACCCAGCUGGGGCCUCCCUGACCAUGCUCCCUGGAAGCUCUGUGCUGCAGCCUCGGCCCUCUCUGCCCCUCUCCUCUACCAUGCACCUGGGGCCUGUGGUGUCCAAGGCCCUAAGUACCUCUUGCCUUGUCUGCUGCCUCUGCCAAAACCCAGCCAACUUCAAGGACCUUGGAGACCUCUGUGGCCCCUACUACCCUGAACACUGCCUCCCCAAAAAGAAACCAAAACUCAAGGAGAAGGUGCGGCUGGAGGGCAUCUUGGAGGAGGUCUCUCUGCCUCUUGAGAGAACACUCAAAGCUCCAGAGUGUGCAGCCAGCACUUCCGCUGCUGCCACCACCGCUGCUGCUGCCACACUUGGGAGGCUGCCCAAACCUGAUGGUCCAGCGGACCCCACCAAGCAAGGCUCCUUGCGCACCAGUGCCCGGGGCCUUUCACGGCGGCUGCAGAGUUGCUAUUGCUGUGAUGGUCAGGGGGAUGGGGGUGAGGAGGUGGCCCCAGCUGACAAGAGCCGCAAACAUGAAUGCAGCAAAGAGGCCCCUGCAGAGCCUGGUGGGGACACCCAGGAGCAUUGGGUGCAUGAGGCCUGUGCUGUGUGGACCAGCGGGGUAUACCUGGUGGCCGGGAAGCUCUUUGGGCUACAGGAGGCCAUGAAGGUGGCUGUGGACAUGCCAUGUUCUAGCUGUCAUGAAUCCGGGGCCACCAUCUCAUGCUCCUACAAAGGAUGCAUCCAUACCUACCACUACCCGUGUGCCAGCGACACAGGUUGUGCAUUCAUUGAGGAGAAUUUUACUUUGAAGUGCCCCAAACAUAAGAGGCUGCCAUUGUAAUCCCCGCCCGCCGCUGAAAGCCGCCGUGCACCAGGGCCUGAAGCUGCGCCCACAGCUGAUCCUUGAUCCCGGCCCCAGGUCUUGGAUCCGGCCGCCUCCGGCUCUGGCGUGCGAUUACGAAGAAAAC